GCAGAUAUUGUGGUAUCUUCUUCUAUAAAUACCAUGUAUUCACCGACUCCUCCACCACAACUUCCUUUUGACCCAAUCCUUCCUUCCGAUGUGCCUAGCUUGAAUAGCUCGGUUGCUGACCCUAGACGCGACCCAAGAAGGGAUCCCCGUCGCAUGGAUCCAAGGCGUUUAAAUUCAUCUUUGGGACCAACGUCACUACCUGUAGGUGACGGUGAAGAAUCAGUUCCAGCACAGAACGACAUCUCUACCUUACUGAGUAAGCCAGUUUCAGUUCCUGCUGCCACGGCAGGGGCUACUGGUUCAGUACAUCCAACAGCAGUAGAGCGUAGCCAGAACAAGUUGACAGGAAGUUCAGUAAUCAGAAUAAUCGACCAGCCUGAUUGCAGAGAGGACCCCUCAAAUGAAAAAUCAUCCUUAGAUGCUCCUCCUUGCAUGGAUGAUAAAGACAUCAGAGAAACAAAGUUUUUUGGUUCUGAAACAAUUUGUGAUUUAGAUCUGGUGUCUAUCCCAGAUUUUGAUCAACAUUCUCCUUCAACAUCAGUCCUAGAGUUUGAUCAACAUCUCCCUGCAGCAUCGGACAGUACUGCACCAGAAGAAAGCUAUCGAGAGUUGGCACCUGUUCCAUCAUAUGUUGAACUUACCACAGAGCAAAGCAAAACUGUAGGAAAAUUGGCUAUUGAACGGCUAAUCGAAUCAAAUAGACAUGUCUUUGGGUUUGAUUGUAACAAGAUACGCAUGGCAUUGAUUGCCCGAUUGAUUGCUAAAAUUGAUGCCGGCAAUGAUGUUGCAACCGUACUAAGAGAGCAUAUUAGUGUGGAUCAUCGAGAAUUCAAGGGGCACGAACUUGUUUUACAUGUUCUUUACCAUCUGCAUUCAAUGGCGAUUCUGGAUACAGAUGAAUCCUCUUCCUAUGCUACUAUUUAUGAAAAUUUUCUUAUAGCAGUGGCAAGAUCAUUUCUGGAUGCUCUUCCUGCUUCCGACAAGUCUUUUAGUAGGCUUUUUGGAGAAGCUCCACAUCUACCCGAUUCAGCCAUUAAGCUACUGGAUGAACUCUGCUCCAAUCGUCAUGACCCAGUUGGUAGAGAAAUCUGUGAUAGUGAGCGUGUAACCCAAGGGCUUGGUGCUGUUUGGAGCUUAAUUUUAGUGCGUCCUAAUGAGCGAAAAGCAUGCUUAGCUAUAGCAUUGAACUGUUCUGUUCAUUCUGAAGAAGAUAUUCGUGCAAAAGCCAUCCGACUUGUCACAAACAAACUAUAUCACCUAACAUACAUAGCAGAGCAUGUUGAGCAAUUUGCAACAGAUAUGUUGCUGACUGCUGUGAACUCUGAGACAGAUCUCUCACAGUCUGGAUCAAUUGCAGAAGGAACUAAAACAGAGGCUAAAAGCCAGAUAACUUCGACAAGUGACUCUCUAUUGUCUGGAAGCUCCGACAUUUACUCUCAGCAGGAUCUACAAACUUCUCGUGAUGUUUCAGUUUUAUCAACUUCCGAAGUUCAGAGACUAAUUUCUCUGUUCUUCGCUUUAUGUAAAAAGAAACCUAGUCUCCUUCGACUUGUCUUUGAAGUUUAUGAGAGAGCUCCAAAAAUAGUAAACCAGGCUUUUCAUCGACAUAUACGACCCAUUCUGAUACGAGAAUUAGGUUCGUCUUAUACGGAACUACUCCAAAUAAUAUCCGACCCUCCUAAGGGAAGUGAAAAUUUAUUGACAUUGGUGUUGCAAAUAUUGACACAAGAAUUGGCACCUUCAUCGGAUUUGAUUGCUACUGUAAAGCUUCUAUAUCAAACAAAGCUAAAGGAUGUUUCAAUUCUUAUCCCAUUGCUUUCUUCACUCACUAAAGAUGAGGUUUUGCCCAUCUUUCCUCCCCUUCUUAAUCUUCCGCCAGAAAAGUUUCAACUUGCACUUGCCCAUAUAUUACAGGGUUCUGCUCACACAGGCCCUGCACUAACACCUGCCGAGGUACUGAUUGCUAUCCAUGAUAUUGUUCCAGUGAAGGGUGGGCCACCAUUGAAAAAGAUAACAGAUGCAUGUUCGGCUUGCUUUGAACAACGCACUGUUUUCACGCAGCAAGUCUUAGCAAAGGCCCUCGGUCAGAUGGUUGAUCGAACACCGCUGCCUUUACUCUUCAUGAGAACGGUUAUUCAGGCAAUCGACGCUUUUCCUACACUGGUUGAUUUUGUCAUGGAAAUUCUUUCCAAGUUGGUGAGGAAGCAGAUCUGGAGACUGCCAAAAUUGUGGCCUGGCUUCUUGAAAUGUGUGUCUCAGACAAAGCCACAUUCUUUCCCAGUUUUGUUGGAGUUACCAGUGCCUCAACUUGAAAGCAUCAUGAAGAAGUUUCCUGAUCUAAGACCUUCUCUCACUGCUUAUGCGAAUCAGCCAAAUAUCAGAGCUUCUCUGCCAAAUUCAGCUCUUUCAGUUCUUGGGCUUGACAAUGGGCAAGAUUCGCGUUCACAAAUGCACCCUUCAGAUGCAACAUCGUCUAUUUAAGGGACAGCCUUAACGUGACUCUCUGGAAGAUUAUCGACAAGUUGAAGUGUCUGAUGGAGACGAAGCAGAGAUUGAAUCUUGCGUCAAUGGUGCGAGACUGGCUACCACGGAUAUACCUGACUGCUAACUACAUGUGUUUGCGAUUAGUAGCAAGACCAGUAUGGUAGCCCAACGUGUGUGGUCGGUCAUUCAUAUCUUAUUUGUUGCCCUUUUUUCGUGUAUAUUAUUAUAAAACUUCACCAUGGCCGUGAGAAGGGGUUCACAUGUAGUGGAUGUACAAUCGCAUCAACGUUGUUUCCUAUAAAGAGAAGAUAAGAGUUGAAAGAGUUUAGGAUUAUAACAAAUAAACGAAAUUUGAAUAAAUCAUUUAACUUUAUACCGUUU